AUGUCUCAACCAUUAAGGUAUGGUUAAAUUAUAUCACUUAAACCAUCAGAAAUGGAUCAUAUGUUCGUUAUUAGUGAUGGUCACAUUAAAACUAAAGCAUAGAUCUUUGAAAUCAAAACUAAGAAGGUAGCAUCUGGAACACUUUUCUUUUAAAGUCUGUUUUAAAUUUACCCUCAAUUUCAAACUUCAAAAAUUGAUUAGGCAUUAAAAUUAGAGCGAGAAUUAUAAAAAGAGAAAUACUAAAAAGACAAUAUGAAAUCAAAUAAAAUAAAAGAAAUGGAAGAAAAGGUAUUUCAAGAAUACAAGUAAAAUAUUGAGACAGCAGAAAAAAACAAAGAUUAGAUAUUCACAAUGGCUUAGCCUAUUUAGUUCUUACAUUUAUCAAGUAACAAAUUCUUAGCAUGUAAUUAUUUUGAAGCAGAUGAAGAAAAAGAAAAUUUCAAAUUAGAAUUGAAUGAAUAUCCUUCUGAUAACACUUGCUUCAGACUUAUGCCUGCAUACUUUCAUUAAACAAGAGCAGAUGGAUUAAUAGCAGAUGAACCUUUAUAUAUAAUCAUGGAUAAAAUCUAUCUAGGCAUGAAACCAUAUUUACAUAUGAGUGAAUCUACAAAGCGUUAUAAUAAUCAUUUAAUAUUGGCUUCAAGGACUAUGUUUAACUUUCCUAAUGCAAAAGCCCUCUAAAGGAAAAUUAUCUCUGGUUAAACUAAAAGUAAAUAAUCCAGAAUUGAUCUUAAUGAUUUACAAGAACCAAAUACUUAAAUAAUGUUAAUGGCUCUUGAUUAUAAAAAAAAAUAAGAUUUAGAAUUAGCACAUUAAUUGGCAUCUGCAGAAUCAAUUUAGAAAAAGGAAAUAAAUGUUUCUUUAGAAAAGAGAUCUCCUUUUCUUAUUUCUGUAUUCUCUAAUACAGAAGAAGAUGAAAAUAAAAUAUAUUUUGGAGAUGUUAUUUGGUUACAUCAUAUAGAAUUAAAUGCUAUUUUAGUGACUGUUAAGAAUAUGUCUGAUGAAAUUAUUGUUUCACUUUAAUAAACAAAAAAUGAUUAAUUGGGUGAAUUUAUUGGUAAUACUAAUGGAAUGUGGUAUAUAGAGAGUUUGAAUAUGAAAGGAGGUCCAGUAGAAUGGGGUUAAAUUUUUAGAUUAAGACAUUUUUCUUUAGGGAAAUAUUUGGCUGUUUAGAAGGAAUAAGAUAGAGAUACUGAUACAUAUUCAUGCUUUUAUUUGGAAGAUAAAUAGAGUGAGAACUCUUUAUUGUAAUUUUCAGCUCUUCCAAGUUCAAUUAAUGAGAAUGAAAAGUAUGUUACAAAGGAUGGUUUUUUUAAAUUAAAAAAUAAUAAAAAAUGGAUUUAAUUUAUAGAUAAACAUCCUGAUUCUGAUUCAUCUAUAGUUAUGUUAAGAUUAAGUGAUAAUUGUAAGGAUGAUGAUGUUCUAAAAUGUUAUAAGGCUAAUUUAAAUGAAAUAUAAGAAACAUCUUUUCUUGUUUCUUGUUUUCCUAUAAUGAGGAAGACUUUAUCUAUAUUAACUGAUUUAGCAACUAAGGAUUAUAAGAAAAUCUAUUAAGAUAAAAAUAUUAAAUUUCCAAAGAAGAUAGCUUAAUUAAAGAAAGUACUCUAAGAUUUAACUAGAUUUUGUUCAAAUUAAUUUCUUAUAAGUAGUUAAAAUAGAUAAAAGGUAUUAAAAGAGCAAUAUUUUAUUGAUAUUUUAUUAGAAAUAUUGUGUAAUAUAAGUAAUGAGGGUGAGAUAAAGGAAUAUUUGGAAUUGACAAGAAAAAGAAAGGGUCAUGGAUUUUCAGAUACUCUAUAAAGAUCAGCAGCUUAAAAAUUACAUUCUGCAGCAUUUUAAGUCAAAGAUUCAUUACUCUAAGAUUUUGGAUAGGUAGCUUCAAGAGUUUAAUAAGAAAAUGAUAAAAAAUAAUUGAGAUAAUAUAUUGGAGAAAAAUUUGAAGUAAUUAAAAUGAUUUAUCAAUUAUUGAUUUGUAUAUGUAAGGACAAUAAUUAAAAUGAAGCAUAUGUUUAUGAUAGAGUAGACAAAUUCUAGUAUUAAGCAAAGUUUUUUAAGGAAACAACAGAUUUCAUUAUUUCAUUACUUAAAAACAAUGAAUAGUUAUUAUAAAAUCUAACUGAGAAAAUUCGUUUAUCUGAAUAAAAACAAAGAAGAAUAAGACAUGAAUCAAUAAAAUCAUAUCCUUAAUUUAGACUUGAUAGUAGUUUACUUUAAAGAGAUCCAAAUAAUAUUGUGUUAUUCUAUAAGAAAUUAGUAGAAGAAUCAUAGAAUUCAAAGGAUUACAUUGAAUUUUUUAGAACAAUAUGUAAAUAUAAUAAUAAAGGGUUAUCUGUUAAUUAAGAAACUAUUUUUAAGAAAUGUUAAGAAAAUCCUAAAUUUAAUAAUGCACUAUUUUGGACCAUUACUUGUACAGAUAAUUAGAUGCUUAUUGAAAAGGAUAUAGAGAAAAAGACUAUGUUUUAAUUAAAUAAAGAAGAAUUGGAGUCAUUUGUUGCUCAAUUAAGAUUAUAUUCAGAUUUAGCUCUUUCAAGAAAUUUUUAAUGGAAAGGAAUACUUGAAAAGAAAUUCCCAAAGUAAUUUACAUUUGAAUAAAUAUUUAAUAAUGAAUUAGAUCCUGAUGUUAGAUCUGCACUAUGUAAUUUAGCAUUAACUGUCUAUAUUGAUCAUGAACCUUUACAUUUAUAAAUUGUUCCUAAUUUGUGUAGAUUGGUUAAUCAAUAAGCAAUUAAAUAAUAAUAAGAAUUUCAUGAUCAUGAAAUAUUUAAGUAAUUGAUUCCUAAAGUUAUGACACAGAUUCAUGAUUAUAAGAAAAAUUUGAUAGAUGAUUUAACUAAAGGGUCAUAAGUAAGUAAGAAAAAAAAAUCAGAAGCAUAAUUAUAAUUAGAUAUUAUAAAAUUAGCUAAAACUCUAAUUUAAUUUGAUGUUGUCAAUUUGAUUAAUAGAAAAGAUAUUUACAGUGAAAUAUUACAACCUCUAAUUACAUUUUUAGAAUAUGAUAAAAAUAACUAUUUAUUAUCUUAUUUGAUGAAUCUAUAAAGGGAAGAAACAUUAAAAAGAGCCAAAAAUUCAAAUAAAAUAAUCUCAACUAUGAAAGGAAUGGUUACUGGAGCUAUAGAUGUUGGUAGAGCAUUAGUAAAUGUAGUUGUAAGAAAGAAACAAGAUCUUGAAGAGGAAUUUGCAGAAUAGACAUUAUUUUCUAAACAUCCAAUUACUGCUAGUUUAUUGACAAUUACUUCAAAAAUACAGAGUUUAAAUACUGAGAAGGGGGAGGAAACUUAUUAAAUUGAUAUUGAAUAGAAAAUGGAAGUUUGUGAAUUGUUGAUAUUCUUUUAGGAGAUGAGAUUGGAUUUCUUAAUUACAAACUUUUUGGCAUUUUAUGCUGUAAAAUAAAAGAAAAAAUCUAAUAAAUUAAAAUAUGAAUUGGAAUUUGAUUUAUUGUAAGUAUUACCACCUACUUUGAGAACUGGAAUUGAAGAACCUACUAAAUAAGGAGCUAAAAAUAUUAUAUAAUGGUUAGGAGAUAUUAUUUCGAGAAUGGGAAGAUUUUUAAAUAAGAAAUUCACCAAUUUUACCAAAGAAUAAGAAAUGCCUGAUUUAGAUACACUUAUGAGUGGGGCAAACAAAGAUUUAGUUAAGGAAGCUGUCUUACCAUCUUUAUUAAUUGUAUUUCAUGUUUCAAGUGAUUGUUUACUCUUGGAUAAGGUAGUAGAAGUUAUAAGGAGAUGUUUUUCAUAGAAAUUAGAAUUAUUUGAAAAGAUGAGAGACCUUGAGAUCUUAUUUGAUUAAACUGAAAUUAAUUGUUAUUAGAAAAUGGUUUAAUUAUUAAGUAGAUUAAGAACAUUAACUGAAUCAUCUGAAGUUUGGAUUAACACAUUUCAUAAUAAAUCAUCAGAGAAAGAAACAUCUAAUGAAUCUAAAGAAUUACAUCAAGUUUAACAUAUCACUAAAGAUCUUGAUUCUUUAUUAUACAAACAUACUACAGUAACUCCAAAUUUAGAAAUUAUAACUUAAGAUGAUUUCUUAUAGAUAUCCACUAGUAGAUAAAAAGUAUUUAAUUUUCUUAAUGGACAUACACCAUUAAUUAAUUUUUUGAGAGAUUCAUAAAAUUAAUUAUGUGAUUUUCUUAAGGGUGGAUAUAGAGCUGACUAUUAAUAGACAGUUUCAGAAUUACUUAAAACAAUUUAUUAAUGUUUAACUAAUUUUUGUAAGGGAAAUAGACCAAAUUAAAAUUUAUUAGCUUAACACUUUGAGCUUUUUGUGGAUGAGAUAGAAAUUGAUUUUGGUUAAACUACAUUAUUAUGUGUAAUUUAUGAAGAUAAUAAAUUUUUGUGUGAGAAUAUUCCAGACUCUAGAAUCAAAUAGUUUUUAAAUUACAUUAGGGAAUUUGGUAGAUAAAGUAGAUUUUUAGAAUUAUUAAAAACUAUAUAAAUUUGUAAAGGAUAGAGUCUUGUUGAAAAUCAAUUGAAGAUACUCUCAUUUUUAUUACCACAUUAAAAAGAGGAAAAUAAGAAGGCUCAUGAAUAUUUACUUUGGGGAUAAUUUACAAAAGAUUCAAAGGGGAUUGAAUUUAAUUUCUUUAAUGAUGGAUAAGAUAAGGAAUAGAAACAUUAACCUUAUAAAUAUCACUGUAAAUUAAUUGAUUUACUCUUGUAAACUACAUAAGGAGAGGAGAGUUACAAAUUAAAUACACCUAAAUUAAAAUAAAUAUUUUCAUUGGGAUAUUUAGUUAAUUUAGUUGCUGAAGAAAAUGAUGAAUUUAUUGAAGGCUAUUAUCCAAAUGGAACAAAAGAUGCAAAUUAAUUGAAAAUUAAGGUUAUUCUUUUUAUUAAUUGGAUUUAUAUUUAAAAUAGUUUGACACAAUAGGAAGUAAUGAUUAAAGAGUAAGCUAAUUUUAAUAAAUUAUUUAAUAAGGAAAAGGAAAGAUUAUUAAAAUUAAGUUCAUAUCCAAAUAGAGAUGAAUAUUUGAAAUACUUUUUUGAUCAUUUAGUACCUCUGUUUGAAAACUUUGUGAAUAAAAUUUAUUCUUAAGAGAAAGCAUAAAGAGAUGAUAAUUAUGAGUAUUAAUUAUUAUUAUUUGUAGUGUGCUAAAGGAAAUAUUGGAGACAAUCGCAAUGAUGUCAGAUGGAAUAUUAUGUUAAUAUCUUACAAAGAAUCAAUAUAAUGCAUUAUAUAGGUUGUAUAAGCCAUUUGAAGAGAAUACAAAUAGAUUAUAAAUGAAUUUCUCUUCAGCCAUAAAAGAUCAGAAUGAUGUAUUAUCAAGUAAUAAAAAGUCUGUAUAUGAACCUCCUCCUCCUGAAUUCAUGAAGUCUUCUUUAAAGAAGAAUUAAGUCAUGACAAUCUUCAAUAAAAAAGAGAAAUCCUUUUUAACUGAACAAUUUAAGACACCUAAUUCAAAUGAUAAAUCUAAAAUGUCAAGAAAUAAAUUCUCAUAAACCUCCUAGUAAUUAUGGGUUAAUAAACCCAAUUGGUUCUAAUUUUUAGAUAUGUGUGAAUAGAGUUAAGUUUUAUAGGAUAAAAUUAAAGAAGAAUUACAUACAUUAGCUAGUGCAAUAUUCCAUAUAGACAAACUUGUUUCUGAUAAAAUGAAUACAAAUUAAAGCAAUUCUGUUAAUCUUGAUUUUAAGGGAUUUUUAAAGAAAUACAUAAGAUUCGUUGAAUAAGGUAUUAUAAAUAAAGCAGGAAAGAAGAAUCUGAUUUAUUCAUUAUAAUUAUUAGAAGAAUUACUAACCAUAAAUGAUUUAGAGGAGAUGCAAAAUCUCUUCGAUUAAUAAAAUGCUACUAGAAUGAUAUUGAAUAUCAUAGCAGAUUAUAAAAUAUAUCCCUUUGAUGAUGAUUUCUUCAAUUAAUUAUUAAGUUUUGGGUGUAAACUUCUAGAAGGAGGCAAUCCUAAAGUUUAAAAAACAAUUUUCAAUUACUUUUCGACAUAUAGUAGAUCUGAGAAUAUUUUUAGUAAAUUGAAUAUGGUUAUCAAUGAUCAUAUUGAAGAAUUGAAUAUUAAAUACAAAAUAUAGAAUGAAAUGCAGAAGGAAGAAAAAUAACAACAAAUAUUGCAAUUAGAUACUGAACCUUAAGUACCCUAAGAUUAAGUUAAUGAUCACACUUAAGAAAUGUAAUUUAAACAAAAGUUGAGAGAGUCUUUGUUGAUUAAUGUGCUGAGAUUUGUCUAAUUGUUUUGUGAAGGUCAUAAUUUAGACUUAUAGAAUUAUAUAAGAUAAUAAUUCAAUUCAAGAAACAAUUACAAUUUAGUUUCGAGCAUUAUUGAAUUAUUAUACAUGUAUCACUUAGAAUUGACAAAUGAAAAUUAUGAGAAUAUAUUGAGAUGCUUAGAUACUUUGACAGAAUUUGUUUAAGGACCUUGUUGUUAAAAUUAGUAGACAAUUAUUGAUAGCAAAUUCCUUGAAGUUGCCAAUUCUUUAUUAGCCACUUAAGCAUCAAAAACUAAAUCUAAAGAGCAUAGUUCCAAAUCAUUUUUUAGUUAAGAUGAAUAAAGUAAUUAAAAGAAUAGUUCUUCAAAUUUGUCUGUUGGCAAAAUCAAAUCUGGCAAAUCAUUUAAGAAUAAUCGAAUCAACAUUAAAAAAUAUAUGUUAGAGAGGAUUAAAUAUAAGGUGAUGGUUUUAGUCACAAGUUUAUUAGAAUUAAAUUCUGAUAGCUUGGCAAUCAAAAGAAUUAUGAGAUCCCUUCCAAUAGAAAUCUUAAAGAAGAAUUUGACAUAAAUUUAUAAAAAACAUAAAAAACUCUAUGGACCUACAUACACUUAAGAUGCAUUAAAGCAUGUAAUUUAUAUUUUUCUAAUUUAGAUUGAUGAAGAUCCAGAAGCUAACACAGAAAAGCCAGAAUUUCAUGAAGCCAUAUUAGAAACAGGGUUUUAUAUAUAUUUCUUAAUUUUAUAUUAUUAUGAAUUAGAUACCCAAGAAAUAGAUUAAGAGACAUCUACAGAAUUGCAGAAAGCAAAAAAUAGUUUAUUCAAUAAAAAUUUAUUUAUGGAUUCAUUGAUUGGAUAGUUGUUCACUUUUGCCUUUGCUAUAAUUGGAGGUGUUUUAACAACAAUAAGUUAAGCCAAAAAUUAUUUGUAGAAAGCUGUUGAGAGGAUUGGUCAAAAAAUAGAUUCAACAGAAAUAGAUAAGAAAAACUAAAAACAAAAAGAAAUUAAUCAAGAAAUAUUUAGGGAGACUAUUUAAUUUUUUGCUUAUAAUUCUGCUCAUGUUGAAGUAGUCAGAAAUAACUAAAUUGAAAGAAUUCAAUUCUACAAACCUCCUUAUUGCAAAUAUCUUCCUAAAGAAAGGAAAAAGGAAUUCCAUGAAACAGUUAACAGAGAUUCAACUAAUUCUAAAAUAUCUGAUUUAAUUGAACAAACAGAUAGCAUCAUUGAAGUUUGUAAACAUGAAGAAAAGCUAGCUGUCUUCUUUAGUAAAAACAAAUUUAUAGCAAUAUUUGCUAAUUACGUCAUUUUAUGGAAAGAUUUGGCAUUUAUACUAACAUUAUUAUUAAAUUUAUUCAUCAUUUUAUCAUAUGCUGAUAAUGAAAAUACAAGAUCUCAAACAGGAGAUGAAAUUGAAAGCAUCUAAACUAUUAGAAGGAAUAGAAUUAGUAAUCCAAUAUUGCUAAAUUCAAAUCUUACUGUUGAAGAAACAGAAUCAUUAUUUUUUAUUUGCGGCAUAAUAAUGAUUGUAUGCUCUACUUUUGUUGUUUUAUUCUUUUUAUUAAAGAAGGCUCCACUUUAUAUAAAAGAAUCUUAUAAGAAAUAAGAUUUAAGUGAAUAUGGAGUUCUGAUCAAUUCUUUGUUUUAGAUUUUCAAUUUUACUUAUAGCAUAGCAAGAGUACUUUUAAACAUUGAGAUCCUUUAUUACUUAUCAUAUGGAACCUUAGCAUUUUUAGCUACAUUUUACCAUCCAUUUUUCUUUGCAUUCCAUCUUACAGAAAUCGUAAUUCGAUUCCCUUAAUUACGUAAUAUUAUUAAAAGCUUUUGGGAACCAAAAUUAUCAUUAUUACUCACAUUUAUUCUAAUAAUUUUGUUUAAUUACUUUUUUACUUUAUUUGCUUACAUAUUCUUUUAUGAUGAUUAUUCAGGGAAAUGUGAAAGUUUAUUAUAUUGCUUUUUGGAAACAUUUGACAAAGCGUUUAAGAAUAAUGGAGGAAUAGGUGGAUGGUUGGAUUCAAAUUAACCUUAAGAUCCAGGUAAUUACAAUUAUGGUAGAUUCUUUUUUGAUAAUCUCUACAACAUUGUGAUAGUAAUUAUUAUGAUUCAGAUAUUCUCAGGAAUCAUUAUUGAUACUUUUUCGUCUUUGAGAGAAAAAUAAAUGCAAAGAGAUCAAGAUAUUUAAGAAACUUGUUUUAUUUGUGGAUUCAGUAGGUAAAUUAUUUCUUUUUAUUAUUAAAUAGAGAAUUGUUUGACAGAAAAUCUGAAGCCGGUUUCAAAUUACACACACAAUAUGAACAUUAUAUGUGGAAUUACGUCUUUUAUAUUUCGUAUUUGAAAGAGAAAGAACCUACAGAGUAUACAGGAAUUGAAUCUUAUAUUGCUAAGAAAUUAAAAAAUUAUGAUAACUCAUGGAUUCCCAUAAAUAAGGCAAUGGUGUUAAAAAAUAUGGUUCUGGAAUCUCAACAUUAUGAAACAGAAAAAUUAUAAGAUAUCUAAAGAGAAAUGGAUUAUAUUAAGAAAACGUCUUUUGAGAUUUAUAAAGAGAUGGAAGAAUUGAACAUUCAAUUUUUAAAUAAGUAAUUACUAAAUCAAGAAAAAUGA